AUGCCUGGCCCACUGGGCUCUGAAGACGCCUACCCAUCGCCGUGUGAUUACACAACGUUGCCAGAACGACGCACCGACCUAACUACUCUACUCCUUUCCAGCGCCCUUGCUCUUUUCAGACAGACUUUGGCCAUGGUGGCUCCUAUGGAGAAGUUCUUCUUCUCGAAAUCCCCCAUGUGCCACCCUGGACCUCUGGAAUGUGAUAUAGCUGCUGCGUAG